AAAUCAAAUCAAAUGCUUGUGACUCUCUCACUUCAUUCUUUUCCUAUAGUUCCAAGUCUUCUUUGGCUGUCUCUCCUUUCAAACCGCCCUUCUCAGUCCAAAACUGAAUCUCUUCAUCUACUCUCUCUCUCACAUAAAACCAGUUCUCCAUUCUCUCUCUCUCACUCACACGCGCGCGCGCACACACACACACACAUAAAGCCAAAUUUGCAUCUGCUGCCUCUCUCUCUCUAACUGUGUAUAUUAAAAACAGAGCAUCAACAAUGGCUGCCAACAAAUUUGCAACCAUGUUGCAUAGAAACACGAACAAAAUCACUCUCAUUCUCAUAUAUGCAAUCCUGGAAUGGAUUCUGAUCAUCCUCCUCCUCCUCAAUUCUCUCUUUUCUUAUCUGAUCAUAAAAUUUGCAGACUAUUUUGGCCUCAAAACACCCUGUCUAUGGUGUUCUAAAGUCGAUCACAUCUUCGAGCCCACGAAAAGCAAGAAUUCACACCGGGAUCGUCUCUGUGAAGUCCACGCCGCAGAGAUUUCCAAAUUGGGUUACUGCUCAAAUCAUCGGAAACUGGCUGAAUUGCAGGAAAUGUGUGAGGACUGCUCGUCUUCGCGGCCGGAGUUCCGUGACGAGUCAUCGGGGAAUUAUGCUUUCUUUCCAUUGGUGAAGCAGAUUGGAGUGGUUCAGAGAGAAGGAGAGAAGGUGGUUGAGAAUGGGGGUGAGGCGGGUUUGAAGUGUUCUUGCUGUGGUGUUUGGUUGGAGAGAAAAUUUUACCCUCCUUGUAUUGUGAUCAAGCCUUCUUGGGGUGUUUUGGAUUAUACCCAGAAAGGGAAUUUGACUGCAGAAGCAGGGGAUGAUGAAGAUGAUGAUGGCGAUCAUCAUCACCAUAUCGAAGAAAGCAAUAAUUGGGAUCGAAAUAGAUCAGAUUGUGUGGUGAAUGGAUGUGAGAUUGAAAACAAGAGUGAUGAUCAGAUGAGGGUUUCUGGGGUCAAUGGUGGUUUUGGUGUUAAAGAAAUGGAGGCAGAGGAGGAUUGGUCUGUUUUUGUGUCUAACUCUGGAUUGAAAGAAUUGGGAGGUGAUGAAGAUAUGAUCAUAGAAGAUGAUAAAUUUGGUGUGGUUUUGGGAGAAGAGAAAAAACCCAAUUCAGAUAUGAUUAUUGAAGAUCCAUCCUCUGAUGAAACCAUGAUCCAAGUUUGUUGUUCGAAAAAAGAUGAAUCAAAUGAAAUCCUUACUCAACAUCUGGAGUUCUUUGUUGGUCAAGAUGGUUAUGGAUUGAUUCCAAUUGAAUUAUUCGAUUCGACGACCGAGGAAAAUCAGAGUUCAUACAGAGUUAAGGAGGAGGGAGAUCAUGACAAUUUUGAUGAUUUUGAACUCAAUUGGGGUUUUGAAUCACACGCUGGGGCGCGAAUUGAGCCGGUUUUGGAGAGUAGGCGUAGUUUGGGGGUGAGAGAAGCAGAAGUUAGUGCCCGGGAGGGCAGAAAGGAGCCGGAAUUCGCAGCCCUAGAAUCCAUGGAGAUAGAAGAGAAUGAGAAUUCUUUUAUAUUUCAUGCAAGAGAAUGUGGCCUAGUGAGGAAUGUACAUGAACAAGUUGCUAUAACUCAAGCAACCCAAACCCCAUCUGAGGAUGUUGAUGAGGUUCAAGCAACUGUGGCAGCAGAAGCAAAGGAAAGGGAUUCAGAAGAUCAUUUUCAAGUCUCAGAAGAAGUAGUAUGUCAAUUGCCAAUUAGUGAAACUGAAGUAGAGGUCUCUAUAGGGACAGAGAUUCCAGAUUUGGAUCAAACAGAUGAGAUUCAAACUCAAGUUAUUCACUCCUCUUGUCAAUGCAUACAUGAUGAUCCUUCUACUAGCUCUGCUUAUUUCCAAGAAGAUCAUGGUUCUAAGGAAACUGAGGAAGAAACAGUUGAAUGCAAAGCCAUUGAGAUUAGUAAGAAAGAGAAUAGAAAUGAUUUGUUUUUGUGUUCAGUGCUUAAUGAGACUGAGGAAGAACCAGUUGAAUGUAAAGCCAUGUCUAUUGAGAUGAGUAAGAAAGAGAAUAUCAAUGAUUUGUCUUUGUGUUCAGACCUUAAUGAGACUGAGGAAGAACCAACUGAAUGUAAAGCCAUGUCCAUUGAGAUGAAUAAGAAAGAGAAUUGCAAUGAUUUGUCUUUGUGUUCAGAGCUUAAUGAGACUGAGGAAGAGAAAGUUCCCGAUACCCCCACUUCUAUGGAAAGUCCACAUUACUUGCACAAGAAAUUGUUGUUACUUGAGAAGAGGGAGUCCGGUACUGAAGAAUCCCUCGAUGGUAGUGUCAUAAGUGAGUUCGAAGGUGGUGAGGGAGUUAUUACCAAUGAACGCUUGAAAUCAGCGCUAAAAGCUGAACGGAAGGCUUUACAUGCUUUGUACGCGGAACUAGAAGAAGAAAGAAGUGCUUCUGCAGUGGCUGCAAACCAGACGAUGGCAAUGAUAACUAGGCUUCAAGAAGAGAAAGCUGCAAUGCAGAUGGAAGCUUUGCAGUACCAGAGAAUGAUGGAAGAACAAUCCGAGUAUGAUCAAGAAGCGUUGCAGCUAUUGAAUGAGCUUAUGGUAAAGAGGGAGAAGGAAAAGCAAGAGCUAGAGAAAGAGUUGGAAAUCUAUCGGAAGAAGGUCUUGGAUUAUGAGGCGAAGGAGAAUAUGAUGAGGAUGUUGAGAAGAAGUAAGAAUAGUAGUGGUAGAAGUGGAACGCCCUCUACUUCGUGUAGCAAUUCUGAGGAUAGUGAUGGACUGUCCACCGAUCUCAAUCAAGAAGCAAAAGAAGAAGACAGCUUCUAUGGUCAUCGUGAAAAUGGACACCACAACACCCCAGUUGAUGAAGUUCUAGACUUGGAUGAAUCUUUGGCCAACUUUGAGGAAGAGAGGUUAUCGAUUCUAGAGCAGCUUAAGGUUCUAGAAGAGAAGCUAUUUACACUGGCUGAUGAAGAGGGACAACAUUUUGAGGACAUAAAGCCGUUUGACUAUUUCUAUAAAGAGAAUGGCGAACAUCUAGAUGAGAAUUCUGAUUUUGAUGGUGAAGUAAAUGGGGUUGAAAAUGGUUUCUCUCACGAAAUGAAUGGGAAACAUCAUCUAGAGAAAAAUAUAAUGGGAGCAAAGGCAAAGAGACUUCUUCCUCUUUUCGAUGCAAUUAGUACAGAAAAUGAAAAUGGGGUGUCGAAUGGAAAUGAGCACUGGUUAGUUUCUGAUGUGAUGCAUUACGCUGAUGAUAAAAAGAUCAAGUUAGACAACAAGAAGCAUGGAAUUGAAGUGGAGGUGGAUCAUCUCUACGAGAGGUUACAGGCUCUUGAAGCAGACAGAGAGUUCCUAAAGCACUGCAUUGGCUCCUUAAAGAAAGGGGACAAGGGGAUGGACCUUCUCCAAGAGAUUCUACAACAUCUUCGCGAUUUGAAGAACGUGGAUCUCCGAGUAAGGAAUUUGGGUGAUGGUGCUCUAGUAUGAAAUGCGCGCAAUUGUCAUGCCCAAGAACAUAAUAGGUUGUGUUCUUGAUCAUCAAGUAGACUAACUGCAUUGGACAUGAGAGAGGAGAGCAACAAAAACUGCACCGAAUCAAUUCGACAAGCCGAUAGAAUUCUGCAUCUUAUACAAACUUAGGCAGGAAGUCCCUUGAUGGUGAGGGAGGGUCUUGAUAUUUGGUGAUGUUGGUGGACUUGGAACUGAAGCCAUAGUCUGCCCAGUGCCUACCUUUUGGUUUUUCUUCUUUGUUUUUCAGGUUUUUGUGUCCAAGUAAGCCCAAAUUUUUGUGGGUUGUGUCCCAUCUCUACCUUUUGAGGGAAAGGAGGAUGAUGGAAUGAAUGUGUGUGUAGUCUAGUGUGAGUGAAGCCACUCUGUCAUUUUGUAUGUUGUGAGGAAGAUGGCCUGGCUUGCAAAGCUGGAGUGAUCCAACAAUGAUUCCAGUGCCAGGUACAUAUCACUAGUUUAUGUUAGACAGUUAGGACUAGGUUACCUUUUUUUUUUUUUUUUUUUUUU